GUCCAGCCUGCAUGAAUUCUUCCAGUACUGUUGGUCAAAGAAUGAGAGAAUCCACCGACUCCGCUGCGAUUGGCGGACUAAGCAAUCAAUCGCUCCACCGCCUAUAAAACAACAAGAUUAUAGAGUGAGACUAGCGGAAGGAUCGGCUGCAACGCUGAUUGUUCGGCGAGAAAAAAACCACGCGGUGUAACUCGACUAAUGUGAAAUCGCACUCCGGUUUGGAAGAUCCCGCGUGGGGAAAGGCCCAACUGUUACUGAGAGUGAGGAAAAGUCUCAAUCGUCGCCCGUUUAACACUGGCAAAGCCCUUGUCUUCGCACUCUGUAUGCAUAAUUCCUGCUGUUAACGACCAUCUCUCUGUCCUCUUAAAACGCAAGACCGCAGGCCAUUACAGCCACCAUGGCCUCGUGGCAGGAUGAGCGGCAACAGUUGGCCGUUCCUGAGUUACAGAUACUAGCGAUGGAUCCUGUGCAGGUCGAUGAUGAGCCAUUCGCAGACUCCAUCUAUAAUGAAUCGUUAAACACUGCUAGUUUUAUCACAUCAUUGAAUUCCAGUAUUUUAAAUUAUAAGUACGAAAAUGGCCGCCGUUAUCAUGCAUUUCGCGAAGGAACAUAUUUGGUACCGAAUGAUGAAGAAGAGCAAGAUCGCAUGGACCUAGCCCACCAUAUAUAUCGCUUACUUCUCGGAGGCGCUCUCUAUCUUGCCCCAAUCAAGAAUGAUGUCCAGCGGGUGCUGGACCUCGGCACUGGAACCGGUAUCUGGGCGAUAGAUUUUGCUGAUGAGCAUCCAGCAGCACAAGUUAUCGGCACGGACCUAAGCCCUAUACAACCUAGAUGGGUUCCGCCAACAUGCACAUUUGAGAUCGAUGACUUCGAAUGUGAUUGGCUAUAUACCAGACCAUUUGACUUCAUACAUGCUCGUGAACUGGAGGGAUGUAUAGGCGAUGAUGUAAAGUUCUUUAAGCAAGCGUUCAAACAUCUAGCUCCGGGAGGAUAUUUUGAAAUGCAAGCAGUGACAUCGCCUUUCCUUUCCGACGACGAGUCGUUAGCCAAGGCCCCAAAUGCCAAGCAGUGGAUGGACAAUCUUGUCAAGGGGUUACGAAAAUUUGGCAAACCGGUCGAUAAUGUCGGCGGCUGGAAGGAGAAGCUAAAUGAUGCUGGCUUUGUCGAUCUACACCAGGAGAUUCGCAAGCUCCCAAUUGGACCGUGGCCUAAGGACCCUAAACUAAAGGAGAUCGGAAAAUACCAAGGUGUCCAGGAGCUUCAGGUCAUUGACUCGUACACUCCCGCUAUCUUUUCACGCGUCCUUGGCUGGAGCCGCGAAGAGAUCCAGGUUUUAAUUGCAAAGGUCAAGCGUGAGUUGAGGGAUCCAUCCAUCCAUUUGUAUCUGCCGGUCUAUUUCAUAUAUGGAAGGAAGCCCAUAUGAUUAUGGAUCACGAUUUAAAAUAUUGUCUUUCUGUUAUUCCUGUCUAUCCCGUGAUUGUCUGUUUUCUGCUGGGUCAUAGGUUUCGCUGUAUUUCCUUUGAUCGGGUAUAUUAAUGAACGCUUCCCUUCUUUCCCCUAUCCCGCGCGUGUCAUAUCAUGGCCUUGAGUGGACACAAAGGCAUUGUGCAGUGGGGCAAGAACCUACUGCAAUACAAUCUCAUUCUUUCUCGGUUGGGAGGGUCACUAUCUGUUUCUUGUCAAGCCAAAAUCACCAAAGUUUGUGGAUGACGAUAUCACGACCGGACAA